CAGAGUCCACUGCGAUGACUAGUGGGGGAAUGGGAGUUCAAUGUAUAACCUACAAUUUCUGGUGGAACAAUCUCGCCAGUCCUGGCCAGUCCUACUGUACACUUGGAAGAGGCUCGAUGUAUCCUCGCAUAUCCAUAAAAAUAACUCAAAAAUUGUGAAUAGAUUUACAAGAGGAUUUUUUUAUAAUUUCAUUGGUUAUUGAUUAUCAGGAGUAAAUAUAUCUAAAAUAACCUGGAUAUUGUUAUUUUGUAUUGUUUUUUCGCGAGUGAAGUGACUAGGAUUUAUGAAAACAGUGGAAAAUCGUGAGGUUUGAGCAGAGAUGGCAGAUUUUGAUGCUAUUUAUGAGGAGGAAGAGGAGAAUGAACAAAAUUCGGAGGAUCAUUAUGUGACAAUUGUGCCAGAUCCAAUUGUAGUUCGUGGGGCUGGUAAUAUGACAGUGUUUGGACUGAGCAACCGAUUCGAGGCUGAAUUUCCAAAUGGUCUGGUUUCAAGAGUUGCCCCUGAGGAAUUUAAAGCCACGGUCAUGCGGGUUAAUAGUGUACUGAAGAAAACAUUACCUGUGAAUGUUAAAUGGCUUUUCUGUGGCUGCGUUUGUUGCUGCUGCACUUUGGGGUGCUCAUUGUGGCCAGUCGUCUGUUUGAGUAAAAGAACACAGCAUUCAUUGAAUAAAUUACUCGAGUGGGAGAAUAGCCGACUUUACCAUAAACUGGGAUUACAUUGGAGAUUGACGAAGCAGAGGUGUGAUAGUUCUUCAAUGAUGGAAUACGUACUUCUAAUCGAAUUUAUUCCGAAAAUUCCCAUAUACAGACCUGACUAGACUUCAUAACGUCAUUUUGCAAACAGAUUCAGAGAUAAAUCGCCGGGAUUUCACCUCAGAAAUGAGCUCGAAGCAACGGCAACGCUGAAAUCCGAUGAGAGAGAAUAUUUUUGUAAAUAUAAAUCAUAAAAUUAUACAUACCAUGGUGCGUUGUAGAUACAUCGGUUAAUGGAUUGAUAUUAACUCACCUGAAACAUUGUGGUAGAGGAUUUGCCUCUGUGUGUUUUGUUGAAAAUAGUGGGUAAAUUUUUAUACAAAUGCAAAAUGUAUUGGGAGUCAACAGUUUAUUACGCAUUAUCACAUUCAUUAUUUUUCGUCGUUGAGAGAAAAUGUACAUAGUUAUAACUACUGUUAUGUUGGCCACUGACGUAAUGAAACGUAGACGUGUUGUGUGUUUAUUCAUGAAGCAUCGAAUGGGUUUGGUAACAUUGAUCAUUCAAACUUGAAAUUAUGAAUGAAAGAUGGUUUAUUUCGACGAAUUUCAAUUGUUCCGUCUAUUCUAUUCAAUUUUUACAGAGUUGAAUGAUUAAUUAUCGCCAAAAAAUUGCAAUAAAACUGCUAAUCACGUUUAAGAUUAGUUUCAAUCCCUCGGGAUGAGAAAUAGUGAUAAAGAAAUGAUAAAACACUCACUUAUACCAUAGUUUCUAUUCUUCAAGAUCAACAUAAGGGCAGACAACUGUGAGUUUUCACGGGCCAUUUAAACUAAACAUUUCAAUAUGUUGUCUAUAGAUUUCAUUCAUGCAAACUGAGCAUUACUGAUUGAAAAAUCAUUGGCCACGUUGCCGGUUCAUCUUCUAGAAGAAAUUGUGUACUCAAUUUUUCAGGUAGGGUGAACCGACCAGGGUUCGAACACGCCAGUGAUAGAAUUCAUCGACAUAGGGACGCAAAAUGACGGUAAAUUUUGGACAUGCGUCAAGUCAGUCGUAAAUUUACGGUUUUCUGACCAUUUCUGACUUGACGCAUACCUCGUGAUGCAAACUGACCGGUCAACUUACCCAAUCGUCCGUAUUUUUUUCUCGUUGUCAUUUAUGUUGAAAAAUCGUCUUACUAGAAUUUGAAGAGUUCUGCGGGUCGAAUUUCGAAGUAACACGGCAACAUGAUGAAUUUCGCGAAUCGACUGGCUCUAUCUAGAUGUAAAGUGACCGUCAAGAUUUUUUUUGUUAUUUUUGUGACACGAAAGUCCGUUACUUUUUUUUUACCACAAAUGGUCAGUAAUUGGCUUUCCGUCAGUGACGUGUAAUUUACAUUUAAAAUGACGGUAAAUUGUCUGGUUAGGUUCGCCCGUUACAUCUCUAAAUUGACAUAUUUAUUGUAGAAAAGAUGCUCAAAGCAGUGAAAUAUUUUUCAUAUGGAACUUUUGUCCUUUUUAAAAACUAAUACAAUGUUUAUAAAUUUAAUGAGAACUUGUAAAACGUCUACGAAUAUUAUCUCGAUAGUUUUUCCAUUUUCAUAAUCUAAAAUAUAUCACAGUUUCCAUUCCCGGUGACUUGGCGCAGUGGGUAAGUUCGUUGCUUCACAUGCGAAAGGUUCCGAGUUCAAAUCCCGGCCGGGCAGAAUGGUG